AUGGCUCUGCUGCCAGAUGUGGCUGCACACUGCUGCCUGAUCCGCCGGCGGUUCAGGAGGAGGAGGAAGAAACGCUCAGAGCGUAAAGGUGGAUCAGGGAACCGGCCAAUCCGAACCCAGCAGAGGGAGCCCGUCACAGAGCGGAUGGAAACACAAAGCAUGAGUUCAUGCAGCACAGAUGUUAAGGAAAAUCACAACUUGGACAACCUCUUCUCAAAAGAAGGGGUUGCAUCUGUUGCUGUUCAGCUCCGCAGUGGAAGGACGGGCAGAGGUAGGAAACGUCCCUUAGCGGAGGGUAACAAUGGCCGCACAGCCUGCAAGUACUGGCCGAAAAAGCGUAAAAAGGUCUCAGGACCCAUUGUGCCCAAGAAUGCCCUCAUGCAGCUGAAUGAAAUAAAGCCUGGACUUCAAUACAAGCUGCUUUCUCAGUCUGGCCCAGUCCAUGCGCCUGUGUUUGUGAUGACUGUGGAGGUCAAUGGGCAGGUAUUUGAUGGCUCAGGUCAGACCAAAAAGAAGGCCAAGCUAAGCGCUGCGGAGAAGGCUCUGCGUUCCUUUGUCCAGUUCCCUAACGCGUCUGAAGCCCACAUGGCCAUGGGUCGCACUCUGGCUGUUCACACAGACUUCACCUCAGACCAGGGGGACUUUCCUGAUGAGCUCUUCAAUGCCUUUGAGACAUCCAGAGCUUUAGGUGACCCUUUAUACCUGGCCCCCAGCAGCAGGAGAUCGUUCACAACUCUGGGAAUAGAAAACCCAUUUCUCUCUCCUCCUACGUCAAACAUUGUUCAGUCUCCCCUAACCCAUAAUUCAUUUGGCUUCACUUCCUUGACAAGUGGCAAGAACCCUGUAAUGAUUCUUAAUGAAAUGAGGCCAGGACUCAAAUUUAAUACUGUGUCUGAGAGCGGGGAGAGCCACGCCAAAAACUUUGUCAUGUCAGUGACGGUGGACGCUCAGAACUUCCAGGGUUCUGGGCGGAACAAGAGGCUGGCCAAAGCUCGAGCCGCCCAGGCUGCCCUGUCUGCACUCUUUCAUAUUGAGCCGGACCGGGUAUCGUCCCGGCAACCCAGACCCAAAGAGGGAUUGCAGCUUCAUCAACCACAGGUUCUGGCCGACGCCGUCUCUCGUUUGGUUGUCCAAAAGUUCAGUGAACUAACUGAUAACUUCAAGUCUCCACAUGCUCGAAGGAAAGUCUUGGCAGGUGUUGUCAUGACAACAGGUUCAGAUGUGAAGGAGGCACAGGUUAUCUGUGUAUCCACAGGGACAAAGUGCAUCAAUGGUGAAUACAUGAGUGACAGAGGACUCUCCCUGAAUGACUGCCAUGCUGAAAUUAUAGCUCGGCGCUCUCUCAUCAGGUUUCUGUACUCCCAGCUGGAACACUUUCUCAGUCCUAAUGAAGAGGAUCAUCACAAAUCUCUCUUCACCUGCUGUGACAACAAACAAGGUUUCAGACUGAAUACAGACGUCCAGUUCCACCUGUACAUCAGUACCUCGCCCUGUGGCGAUGCCCGCAUCUUUUCACCUCAUGAAGCUGCUGCAGACGACCAGAGCGACAGACACCCUAACAGGAAGGCCCGCGGGCAGCUGCGGACGAAGAUUGAGUCUGGUGAAGGAACCAUCCCGGUGCGCUCUGGUAGCAUCAUCCAGACAUGGGAUGGGGUUCUUCAGGGUGAGAGGCUGCUCACCAUGUCCUGCAGCGACAAGAUUGCCAGGUGGAAUGUGAUUGGAUUCCAAGGCUCUUUGAUGACCUACUUCACUCAGCCCAUCUACUUCUCCAGCAUCAUCCUGGGCAGCUUGUACCAUGCGGACCAUCUGUCCAGAGCCAUGUACCAGAGACUUACUGAGAUGGAGGCGCUACUGCCACCUUUCAGCCUGAACAAGCCUCUACUCAGUGGAAUUAGUAACACAGAGGCUCGUCAGCCUGGAAAAGCCCCAAACUUCAGUGUGAACUGGACCAUCGGAGACCAGGGUUUGGAGGUGAUUAACGCCACCACAGGGAAGGAUGACCUAGGCCGACCCUCAAGACUCUGCAAGCAUGCUCUGUUUACCCGCUGGAUUGACUUGCACAGCAAGCUGUCCUCCACCCUGCGCAUUCAAACACUGCAGCCCAGGAGCUACCAUGAGGCUAAGCAGGCCGCAGUGCAGUACAACUCAGCCAAGCAGACUCUGUUCAGAGCCUUCCUCCAGGCCGGACUCGGCGCCUGGGUUAAGAAACCUGUAGAGCAGGACCAGUUCUCUUUCAGCAAUUGUGUGUGAGCUGCUCAUGGAUCUUAGGUAGAGAAGUAUGUUCCCUAUUGAUGUUCUAUAAACUGAACUCUUAAAUUAUUCCAUUUGUCAUUAUUAGUAUGUUCAAUGGAAAAUAGAACAGAGGGAAAGUUGAAAAUAAGAUGCAGUCUGCAGAAACAGAAUAUAGCUCUGUUCUGCGACAUAUUUGACUGCACAUCCUCAGUGGAUGCAGCUUCACAUUUAAGGGAACAACAGGACAGUGGAACCAUGAAUUUGAAGAAAGUAGUAAAAUGCCUCUCUCUGAUUUAGCAUUUACCAAAUAGAAAUAGUUUUGUAAUAUUAACUGCCCUAAAACAGGGGAAAGAAAUACAGGGUUUCACAUAAGAAAAAGAGAAACUAUUUGUGUAUGGUGGAUGAUUGGUUCCAGUUGUGUGCAAGGCAGGUGGAAAUCCUGUAACCUUAAUAUUAUGACAGUGAAAGAUGAUGUCUUAUUGACUGAAUCUAUUUUAGGCUAAUCAACAUCACAUGAAUCAUAUAUGAUUAUUAUUUGCUAUAAACUAAAAUUUAAUGCUAAAUAUGUCUUCUUUGUGGUGGACAGACUCCAGACUGACUCAAAUAUACAAAAAAAAACAAAAAACAAUUAAAUUUAAGUUUUUAUCUAGUUGUCCACUCAGAUGUGAUUUUCACAGACUUAAAAAAAUGGUUUCAUAAAACCAGUGAUCAGCCCUGAUGGAAAGUUGAACACAUGUAGGAGGAAUUCUAAAUGAUUUUCAAGGAGUUAGAACAAGAGCCAUGAGGGUUAACAGGGAGGAUUUUAGACGUCUUCUGCUCACCGUCAUCUAGAUGCUCUAAUCAAACAUUUGUUAUCCAUGAGGUUUGACCUCCAGUUUUUGUGACUCUUCAACCUAACAGGACUAAUCUCAGCCAGAAAUGUAGAGUUCUCUAUAAGAACCAUAAUUAUACAUAAACGGUGUUCAAAAUAUUUUCUUUCAGCCUUCCAAGCAGUCAUCAGUGAUUUACUUCAGAAACCAAGGCAACAUCACAAUGUGCAUGAUAAUAGUAGUUACUGGAAAAUUAUGUUUUAUGAUUUCAGAACAGAGACUAACUGAUUAAACUGAUAUCUAAAGCUUCAUUAGCAUUUUAUGUUAGCAUUCUGUGCCACUUUCAUGGUAAACAGCAGAGCAGUGGCUCUGCGAUGAGGUAAAGGAUGCCAACAUGUCUAAAAGUUACAAGAUGGCAAAUGAGCUAUCUUAUUAUUUAAUUAAAUUAUUACUCCUAAAAAGUCCCUUCACAGUUUUAGGAUAACAUUUGGGUAGAAAUUUUAUUAGGAUGGACCAAACAUUUUAAAGUAUUUCUGUUGAUUAAAAUAUUUAUAAAAAUUUUAUGUCUGUUUUUGUGUUUAACUUAUUUUACAAACUCACCAAAAGUGAUGCAAUGAUCAUUACAUCAUGAAUCCUCAUCUUCCUUGUUUUUAUUAAUGUUUUCUGUCUUUAACAAUAAUUUGUGAAACUUUUUAUAUGUGAUGUGGAUUUUCAUGUAGUCUGAUUUACCCCCUAAAACAUUAAAAGUUGGAAUGAAACAAUCUUGUAUUUCCUUGAGCAUGUUUUACUUUGCCUUUGCAGGACAUAUUUUAUUUCUAAAUUAAUUCCUAUUUGAUAUUUGUAUUUAAUAUAUUUCAGUCCUUUAUCCUCUUGUUUCUAACUAUUUUCUUUUUGUAGUCCUGUUUUCUUCUGUAGGCAUAAGCUGGAUAUUUGCACAAACUCAAUGACUCUAAUGGCAUUGUGCUUGGCAGGGUGAUGCGUUCCCUACUGUAGCAAAGUGCACUGGAGUGGGUGAAGUGAAGGGAGAACGAUGGUUAUCUGUGCGUCGGUUCUUCAUUAGCAGAAAUAAUAUCUCUGUUGCUCAGAACCUGCUGUACCUUUGUGGAUGAGUCAGAAAACUUUGCUGAUGAUUGUUUUUUCAGCGACAUGAUAAAGUCAAACUGUGAGGCACAAUGCAUGAGCUAUACAUGUAAAGCACAAAAAUCCUAAUAUAACAGAAUAUGUAAAA